AUGCCAAACACCGAACUGAUUUCUUACGAUGAGGCCCAGAACUCGGCAUUUGACAAUGUCCUGCAUGGAAAAUCAAAAGAGUCAAUGGGUGGAAUGAGAGCCAUGAUGAACAAAGACAACAAAGCUCAUGCUGCCGCCGUUGAUGAAUACUUUCAGUUUUUCGACAACAAAAAGGCCGAGGAUGAAGUAGAGGCUGUCCGACAGGAGAGAACCGACAACUAUGCCAGUUUGACAAGACAAUACUAUAAUCUUGCAACAGAUCUCUACGAAUACGGAUGGUCUCAGAGUUUUCAUUUCUGCCGCUUUGCCUACGGCGAAUCCUUUGACCGCGCCAUCGCUCGACACGAACACUACCUCGCUCAUAACAUUGGCAUAAAACCUGGUAUGAAGGUCCUCGACGUCGGGUGUGGUGUUGGUGGACCAGCUCGAGAGAUUGUCAAGUUCACAGGAGCCCAUGUGACUGGUCUGAAUAUCAACGAGUAUCAAGUCGGACGUGCCGGUAUUUAUGCCGAGAAGGAAGGACUCUCUGAUAAACUCAAGUUUGUUCAGGGCGACUUUAUGAAAAUGCCCUUUCCUGAUAACUCGUUCGACGCUGUCUAUGCUAUCGAAGCAACCGUUCACGCACCAUCUCUAGAAGGUGUAUACAGCGAGAUCCGACGUGUCCUCAAACCAGGCGGUAUCUUUGGCGUGUAUGAGUGGCUCAUGACGGAUAGUUACGACAAUGAUGACCUCGAACAACGCCGCAUUCGUCUCGAUAUCGAAUUAGGCGACGGCAUCGCGCAGAUGUUCAAGAUUGAUCAUGGGCUGUCAGCUAUCAAAGCAGCUGGUUUCGAGCUGCUUCACCACGAGGAUCUCGCAGCUACAGAUGACGGAACGGCACCAUGGUAUUGGCCACUGGACAGUGAUAUGCGAUAUGCGCAGAAUCUAAGUGAUCUCUUUACGGUGUUUAGGAUGAACAAAUGGGGGAGAUUGGUGAUGCAUAAUUUGAUUGGAGUAUUGGAGGCUUGUUCGAUUGCACCAAAGGGAACGAGAAAGACUGCGGAUGGACUGGCCAAGGGAGCGGAUGCUUUAGUAGAGGGUGGUAAGAGGAAAUUGUUUACACCCAUGUAUUUGAUGGUUGGGAAGAAGCCUGAGGAAGAAAUCUGA